CUCAAAUAAAUGUUAAAUAAUAAAAUAGAUAUAAAACCCGCCGAAAACGCUAUCCGUUAGUGACAAAUUAACCAAUGCCAUUAUAUUCCUUGUUGGCAGCAUGCAUCGGUUCAAGAUACCAGACCCACCCAUUAUACAAUGUAGGCUACAACUAUCUCCAACGCAACAUAAAAUAACACUCGAUUGGCAUAGAAAGUAGGAAGGUCUGAACAGUUUUAUUUCUGUUGAGAUGAAGACUCGGCUGUACCGAGAAAUGUGGCUCCAGUCUACAGUGUGGUUUUAUUGAAGUGCGUAAAAGCACACUGCGUAUGGUCUAGUGCGCGUCUGUCCGCAAGAGGUGGGUCCAUAUUUAUACCAAUGAAUGUGGACUCAUGAGGCGUUUCUAGAUGUCGUGUAGCAAAGCAUUGGCAAUAAAAAGGGACCAAUGUCGUUAUUACCCCAAUAUUGAACAGGAGUUGAUCGACCUACGCGACAGCUUAAAUGGCUUCCUCUAGUGAUUUCAAGUAUAACUUCGUGUCACACAAAGGCUUCAACCUCAUCAGCGGGACCCAUGAUCCAGUUGAGGUGGACGCGAUAUGCAAUUACGAAGUCCGAGAUUCCGAUGUGUUCGUCGUCACGUAUCCAAAGUCAGGGACCAUCUGGAUGCAACAGAUUCUUCGGCUCAUAGAAGCCAAAGGGGACCUAACCUCUGAAGAGCUCAACUCCGACCAGGUUCCCUGGAUCGAACUCCAGGGCAAAGGGAAGGAAUUUGUGGAGGCACCAAGCCCGAGGCUGCGCGUCACCCAUCUGCCAUACCACUUGAUGCCCCACGCUCUUAGUCAAAAGAAGGGGAAGGUGAUCUAUGUCGCUAGGAAUCCAAAAGAUGUUCUUGUGUCCUACUUCCACUUUCAUAAAUUUGCCACCAUGCUAGAGACACCAAAGGAUUUCAAUCACUUCUUCGAGAAGUUUAUUAGAGGAGACGUGUACGGAAACAGUUGGUUUGAGCACACGAAGUCCUGGUACGCUCACCAAGACAACAUGCAAUUCCUCUUCAUCACCUACGAAGAAAUGAUUCAAGACCUUCGAUCGUCGGUAAAGAGGAUCUCCUCAUUCCUGGGCAAAAACCUGACAGAUGCACAGCUGACUGAAGUGGUCAAGCACAGUACCUUCAAGAACAUGAGGGUGAUCCCCCAGGCCAACUAUGAGAUGGUCCCCGAUGAUCUGCUCAACCAUCACAACGGAAAGUUCAUGAGGAAAGGUACGAUUGGCGACUGGAAGAACCAUUUCACAGUCAAUCAGAAUGAAAUAUUUGACCAAAUCUUCCAGAAGGAGAUGAAGGAGUUCCCUGUGUCCUUUGUCUGGGACAUCAAAGAUAUUGAACAAAUUACUGUAUAACUAUUGAAAACCUUAUUGUUUUUUUAAACUGUUUUAUUUACCUGAAUGUAUAAAAACACUGUGGCUGCUAAUAAUGAAUAUGAGAUGAACAAUUAAAUAAAUACAAUCAUGGAAAUGAUUUAAAAAUA